AAGAAUUGAGUGGCAUUGAAAAACGUAAGAAACAAAAAACAAAGACGAGACAACAUAAACGAAGACUGCUAGAACAGAGAAAAACGCAACAGCGUCUCAUUCAAAGAAUCGAUCAUAUCUCAUCGGGACUCUCAUUAUCAGCUCUUCUUCUAUUAUCUCCUCUAGAAUCGGCUUUUCUUGGAUUCAUUGGUAAUCUGGGGGAAGCUGAUUUCAUAGGAUGGAGAAGCCGCCGCUAAACUUGUUGAAGAAUGGGAGUGAGCGAUCGGAGGGGUCAAGUGGGAGCGGAGGAGAAGAGAGAGGAAGAUUCGAGUAUUACGGGUGGGUUUACCAUCUGGGUGUCAAUUCGAUUGGCCGCGAGUACUGUCACCUGCGCUUUCUAUUCAUUCGGGGCAAGUAUGUCGAGAUGUACAAGCGUGAUCCUCACCAAAGUCCCGGCAUUAAACCCAUUAGGAGGGGUGUUGUAGGGCCCACACUUAUGGUGGAGGAGCUAGGGCGUCGAAAAGUCAAUCAUGGAGAUUUUUAUGUUAUAAGGUUUUGCAAUCGGUUGGAUGAGAUGAAAAAGGGAGAAAUUGCUUGCAGCUCGGCUGGAGACGCUCGAAAAUGGAUGGAGGCAUUUGAUCAGGCCAAGCAACAGGCUGAGUAUGAGAUUUCAAGAGGAGGUACUACCAGAAACAAACUUAACAUGGAGACAGAGAUCAACUUGGAAGGACAUCGACCUAGAAUGAGGCGGUAUGCACAUGGGUUGAAAGAGCUUAUAAGAAUUGGGCAAGGUCCAGAGACACUUUUGCGCCAAUCGUCGAACUUGGGUGCUGGUAGGCCAGAUGGGUACAUUGAAGGGGACACUGGAGAUGCAAUUGAGGCACAUGAAUGGAAAUGUGUGCGGACAAUUAAUGGUGUUAGAAUCUUUGAAGAUGUUUCUGACUCCCAGAGCGGUAAAGGUGUUCUUGUGAAGUCAGUUGGUGUUGUUGAUGCAACUGCAGAUACUGUUUUUGAAGCGAUCUUAAACAUUGCGCGACACCAAAGAUACGAGUGGGAUAUGUUGACAGGUGACUUGGAGUUGAUAGAUUCUAUUGACGGGCACUAUGAUGUUGUCUAUGGGAUAUAUGAUCCAAAAUUUCUUACUCGGUGGCAUUCUAAGAGAGAUUUUGUCUUCUCUAGGCAAUGGUUUCGUGGACAAGAUGGAACAUAUACAAUCUUGCAGCGUCCAGCUGUACAUAAAAAGAAGCCUCCAAGAUCUGGUUAUCGACGUACAAAAAUCAACCCAUCUACCUGGGAGAUCAGAAGUUUAAACACACCCAUUGCUUCAAAUGCUCCAAGAUGUCUUGUGACUCAAAUGUUCGAGAUAGAUUCUUCAGGCUGGUGUAGAUGGACGAAAAGCCACUGCUCAAAGUUUGAAAACAGUAUUCCUUACGCGCUAUUGUGCCAAGUGGCAGGUCUAAGAGAAUAUAUUGGAGCAAAUCCAGCUCUCAGUUUGGAAUCUGCCACCACAGUUUUCCAUUCAAAAAUCUCUGAUGUUUCUGUGCCCAGUGGUGAAUAUGAGGAUGCAGAAGUGCAGGAUGAGUUUUAUGAUGCCAUUGCUGCUGACUCAUCAUCAUCCUCAGAAGAUGAAGAAAGCGACAGUGAUGAACAUGACAAUAAGGGAUCAAAAGUGAAGCUGAAGAAUGUCUCAUGGGCCAUCACAGGCUUAGCUUUGAAGCGAACUUCAGCUCCAGAUGCAAAUAAGGAACUAGACCGUACUGUAACUCCUAUCAGCAUUGAUCCAACCCAGUGUCAUGGUUCCUUGCACAAAGCAAAGGAUGGCGCAGACACAAACUGUUGGGCUUCUCCAAGUGGUACGGGAUUUAUGAUCAGAGGAAAAACUUACCUAAAAGAUAAUUCUAAGGUAAUGGGAGGAGAUCCCCUUCUCAAGCUCAUUGCAGUUGAUUGGUUCAAAGUGGACAAAUCCAUAGAUAGGAUUGCAUUGCAUCCCAGGUCUCUUGUUCAGUCAGGAGUUGGGAAGAAGCUUCCAUUCAUCCUUGUCAUUAACCUCCAGGUCCCUGCUAAACCAAACUACAGUUUGGUCCUUUACUAUGCUGCAGACAGACCACUAAAUAAAAGUUCUUUGCUGGCUAAGUUUGUGGAUGGAAGUGACAUGUUUCGGGAUGCCAGAUUUAAACUAAUUCCUAGUAUUGUUGAGGGGUAUUGGAUGGUCAAGCGUGCAGUUGGAACAAAAGCUUGCUUAUUGGGGAAAGCUGUAACCUGCAAAUACUUCAGACAAGACAACUUUUUGGAGAUUGAUGUGGAUAUUGGAUCAUCCUCUGUAGCAAGGAGUGUCAUCGGCCUUGUUCUUGGAUAUGUCACAAGCAUAGUUGUCGACCUUGCCAUUUUGAUAGAGGCAAAAGAAGAGGCAGAGUUGCCUGAGUACAUUCUCGGUACUGUUCGGCUAAAUCGUUUGAGGCCAGACUCUGCUGUAAAUUUGGAGGUUUGAGGUUUUCAUAUGUCGAAAUUCUUUAGUCAUCUCACGCUUCAUGGUUAAUGCCAUUACUAUUAUUGGUGUACAUUUUCCAAUGUUUUCCAGUUUAGUGUAGAAUCUUCCUUCACAUAAGUGAUUUGACAUUUAAUAUUUAAUAAUUUAUAAACAGAAACCUUUCAUAGGUCCAUUUUUUCAGCUUUCA